AUGAUUCUAGCCUUGCCGUCGAAGCGUCUUCUUCGUGCGCUUUCGUCUAUUCUGAAAGACAGCGCUCCUACACGCCCUGCCCCGAGGCACAUAUGCCUUGCAUGCCGUGGGCAACUCCUGACUCCACGAGCCAAUCGUGCUCCUCAAAGAGCGACAAGUUUGUUGAUUACGAAAGCGACCCGCUCAGCUUCGACCUCAAGUGCUCAGGGAUCUCCUGAUCCCCAAAGCUCAUUUACCCUGCCUGAUAUCUCAAGCCAUUACUCCAUCUUCCCAAACACGCUUCCGCUUGGGCCUCCGCCUGCCGGUCCAUUCAAUAUAAACCUCACCGCACUUCGGCGCGAAUUUCUUCAAUUGCAAAGUCGCUUUCAUCCAGACAAGUUCCCGCCAGAGCAGAAAGCGAAAGCUGAAGCUCUAUCGUCAAGGAUUAAUGAAGCCUACAAAAUACUUCGUGACCCAUUGCUACGCGCGCAAUAUAUCUUGCUCAAUACAUAUGGGAUAGAUGUGACUUCCGAAGACAACAGCGCUCACCCGAUGGAUCUCGGGAUAUUGAUGGAAGUGAUGGAAGCGCAGGAAAAUAUGGAAGAAGCUGAGACAGAGAAGCAAAUUAUGGCGCUGAAAGAGCAGAACCAGGAGAGGAUUGAUGUGACACUGCAAUUAUUGGACGAUGCCUUUUCCAGCCGCAACGCGGAGGUGGCAAGACGAGAGUGCAUUCGACUUCGAUAUUGGGCUAGUCUCGCAGAGGGCUUGAAUGCUUGGGAUGGCAAAGGCAGCGAAGUGAGACUUGCGCACUGA